AUGGCUCGCAAUAGUGAAAAGGCCCAGUCCAUGCUGUUCCGCUUCCGAGCGCAGCAGGCAGCGGACAUGGGUAUCAUUGACCUCGGGCGCGCACGACGGCCCAAGGCUAUCACAAGCGUCGACUCCAUCCCGACGUGCGAGCGCUGGCGCGGCCAAGUCCUCAAGGAAGUUUCCCGCAAAGUGUCGCGCAUUCAAGAGCAGAGUCUCAGCGACUACCAGAUCCGCGAUCUCAAUGACGAAAUCAACAAGCUUAUGCGCGAGAAGUGGGCUUGGGAGAUGCAAAUUCGGAACCUGGGCGGGCCAAACUACAUGCGUGGGUCCGGCCGGGUUUACGACGACGAAGGGCGAGAAAUUCCAGGCGGAGGAAAGGGCUAUCGAUACUUUGGCCGGGCAAGGGAAUUGCCUGGUGUUAAGGAGAUGUUUGAGGCAGCGUCACGGCGCGGUAAAGGACCGCCCGAGGAAGAAGAAGGGUCCGGGACUGGCAGAGGUGGAGAUAUCGCAACAAGGAAGGUCAACGCCAAUUACUUCGGAUACGGCCUGGAUGAGGAGGAUGGUACACUACUGGCUUAUGAGAAGCAAAAGGAAAAGGAGGCCGUUGAGCACCUGCGUUCUCAGGGUGAUGAUGAUGCCGAGGAUGGCUGGGACCCGUUACCGGGAGAUGCCGGUGAUGGCGUUGAAUGGCGACUUCCCUCGCUCGAAGAAGUGCAAGAGGAACUGGUCAAUCGGCGACGGGAACGGCUUCUGCAGAAGAUUUCUUGA